GGACGACGUAUCUUCUCGUCAUACACUAUAUCUUUGGGAUUUGAGCCAUUUGGCAAGGGCGCCGCUACUAAUCAAGUAGAAUAUGGUUGAUUUAUGUUGGUUAGUGCAAUAUCAAUCCGUUUGGCCCGCCACUCAGGGUCCGUCUACAGGAGGUCCGCCCCCCACUGCGUCUGCCUGCACCCACUGCCUGUACCUAUGGUAAUCACUGCCAGUGUGGCGUGACGCAACGACGCGACUCCAUACGCGACACAUGCAAAUCCGCCCAUCAUCAUCAUCACGGCUCAGGUGCUUCAGCACGACAAGUAUUGCGUCAAUUCGGCACUGCAAACAUGGUCGCCACGCCCACAGUCACACAACACAAAGAAGCCUUCAUCAACAGUCAGUCGCGACUUCUUGCCGGUUCCGUCACACCCUCCCAGAGGUGGACAUCUUCCAACGAGCGACAAUCCGAUGGCGCCCUCGAUCCGCGUCUCGUGACGGCCGCCACAGAGACAGUGAACACUGCCAUACAAGAGCACGGGAAACGCGUAUACGCGCCUCAAGCGAACAGGGCUCUUGCAGAGCAGAUUGCCCAGAGUUAUGCUGCCGAAGCGGACCGAAAGAUCAGAGGCGAGGAAGAAGAUGAAGCAGAGGGCAUUGCGAAGGAGGUCGAUCUAGUGAACGACAAGGCCAUCGAAAGCUUGCCGAACGCCUGGCCCUCGGACAAAAACGCGACAGACCACCCCGAGGCAGCAAAGCGCUAUGCAGACAACGUCGCGACCCUCCAAGCACUGAACGAACAGCGCAGUGAAACAAGACAGCGAGUCGAACGGCUUCGUAGGCUCCAGUCGAGGAUGGAACCCCUCCAGGCGACAGAGGCUGGCCAAGGCAUACAGGAAAAUCUUGUGACCCGCAACGGCGAGGUCGAAAAGGAACUGGAGAGGAUGCGCACGCUUCUAGUCCGUGUAUCUGGACGCCUGGGGAAAAUCCCCGACGGACAACAUGGGCCAGACAUGGAACUACCUGCCGAGACACGAAAACGAGACAUUGACAAUUUUCUAAACGAUGGGACUGCCUUCCCGCGCUGAGGCGCUAUGUACACAGACA